CAAUAUUUUGGAACAUAUUUGGAACCGAUCGGGGAGUCAUCAUUUCAGAAAACUUGGUAAACGACCGGUUAAUGUAUUUAUAAUGGUACACAACGUUUCGCAUUUGACACAAAUGCUUCAUCAGGCGAAGUGAAUUAUCUAAACAUUGGCUUUUAUAGCGAUCAUGGCUAAACUACAUACAAAGACGAAUCAAUUUGCAGUUCAUGUAUGAAUGAUUACAGCGGUCAAGGGUCAAUAUGUUCGCGGGUACACUGUAGUUUGUUUCAGUCAGGGUCAAGUGGAGGAAAGAAAUUGCCGGUCCGUGGAUAAUUACAUUGUGGUUAACAAUCUUAUUGAACCGUUGCAGGGAACUUGGACACUGAUAGAGUUUGGCUUUAGUACUUCGGAGUUUGGUGGAGGGUGGGUCGAUAGUUCAUUCCGACUUGGGAUCCAUCCACUGAUGCUUACCAAGCUGGCCGGAGUAAGACUGGACGCCAGGCACUGGACAGCCCUACUCCGUCUAUUCUAUUCACGCAGUUGUUAGCCUUGGUUAU